UUUAAUUAUAGAUUGGAGUUGACUAAAAGACAGUGCGAGAGCAACCUCUUCUCUGUCUGUGUUUUGGCUACUGAAGAAGGAAGAGACUGCAGAACUUCUGCCCUUUCUCCUGCUCUCUCCCCCUCUCAUGGCUACAGCCAACUUUCACUUUUCUGCUUCUCAGUCCCAAGAUCACAACUCCACGAUUUUGGCUUCUUUAUUUCACCAAUCCCAACAACACCAAGACCAGCCUUUUGUAUCUCUUCCUCAAUCAUCAUCGUCGUCGUCGGAUGAUAGUGUCACCCCAAUGAUGGUCGACAACGAAGUUGAGGAAGGAGACCAGGAAAGCGAUAUUUGGGCUGGAAGAAGAACAGAGCAGAGAGAACCUUGUUCAUCAUCCCAAGGGAAGAAGGUGGAUUCUAGUGAUGACACGAAGAGCAAGAGUGUCUCUAUUGAAUCCAAUUUGGAUAGGUUGUUUUGUCCUAUUUGCAUGGAGCCCUGGGAGUCACAAGGCGAUCAUCAAGUCAGUUGCCUUCCUUGUGGACAUGUAUAUGGUUUAUCUUGCAUUAGUAGAUGGCUUCAACAUCGUUUUACUUCUACCAAGUGUCCUCAAUGCAAUGCAUAUUGCACUUUGAAGGAUGUUAGAAAGCUCUACGCAUCGCCAGUAGUAAUUAAUGAUAAAGAUCUACGUGAGAAAGUUCAAUCUCUUGAGGCUGAAAUUGUUUGCCUUAAGACAGAGAGAGCUGACUUGCUUGAUGUGCAAGAUAGCUUGCUCAAAAUACAAGAUAAUUUGCUCAAGGAAUUAGACAAAAUUAAGGAAAAGCAAACUUUUAUGGGGAACAUGUCAUUUGUGGAUACGGGGAGUAAACCUUUUGGAGUUACCAAUGUUAAAGAGGCUCAGAGUGUACAAUUUGAACGGGGGUCAAAUUUAUCUAGGCAACAACUUCUUCACUGCACCUUUGUAUUAGAGAAUGAAUUGGCUGUAGAAGGGGCAAGACUUUUCGAUGUGAAUGUCUCUUAUCAAAACCUGAUUCUUGCACGAAGAAUCUCUGGGAUGGGUGGAAUACAUAUGCUCAACAAAAUUAAUAUGAUUAAUCCUCAUGAAAAUGAGGAUAUACAGCUUCCUCCUGGCACCAAAGCUGUUAAAGAUUUAAAAAUUUCCCCAUGUGGUAGAUUCACUCUUUUGGCUUCACUUGGAAGGAAACUGUCAAUACUUAGCAUGGGAAGCAAUGAGAUUGUUGCCACCUAUGAGUUGAGGGUCCCAGCUUGGUCGUGUGCAUGGGAUCUUAAUGUUCCUCACUAUAUAUAUGCUGGCUUGCAGAAUGGUACCAUUUUGGUGUUUGAUACACGUCUCACUAGACAUCCUCUGCAAUCUAUAGGCGGACUAACUGUGCAGUCUAUUCAUACUAUACACUCAUUGGUGCAUAACCCAACUCUAGGCCACGAUGCUCAAAAACUGCUGGCAGCUUCCUCCUUGGGCCCAUGCGUUUGGAGUGCUGGGUCUGGAGAAAGGCCAUUUGCAGUUCCUGGAUUGGACAAUCAAGGCUUUUGCACGUCACUUGCUUAUGGUCCCUUGAGCAAUAACAUUCUUGUUUCUUAUCGUCCUAAAUUCAGUCCACCUCCACCCAUAGCAACAGCUAAUUCAUCAUCCUCAAAUCAAGGUUCAUCUAGUGUUCCUGGACAAGGAAUACUGGGAUCUCAAGUUCUUGUCAAGAGAGUGGCUGGUAGCUUUUAUAGUAAAUUAGGAUCAACAUCUGCACAUUUAAGUGAUGUUCAAAUGGUAAAGUCUGCUAUUAUAGAGAUGGAGAAUUGCUAUCCAUUAUUAGCUUAUGCAGAUGGAGUUACCAAUGGACUGAGGUUGAGGGAAUUGCCAAGUUUAACAGUGAACCAGAAUCUUAAACCGCAUCACUACCCUAUCCUUGAUGUGAAGUAUGCACAUAACCAAGGGAUUGGCGUACUUGGUUGUGCAAGUGAGGAUAAGCUGCAACUUUUUUCAGCAAAAAUAUCAUAAAAAAAGGCAGAUGAGCUGAAGAUCCUCAGGCAGAAGAGCGCUUACGAUAUUGGCAUGCGUUUUUAUCAUUGAGCCUGACGCAUAUUUGAGAGAAAAAUGCAAUGUAUUCAAACAUCAAGCUAUUUAGGUAUGUAAAUAUAGAUGAACAUGUCAAUUACAGAGAUUUAUAGAAUCAAAGCAAUAAGACUAAUCUGAUAAAUGCAUUUGGUACUUGACAGGCUCUGUAAUAGUUUUAUUGCAUUUCACUCUGUAAAAAUUUUCUGGUGUUUUGUACCCAGAGGAGGGGAAAACAAAGGGGCAUUUUAGUCCUUUUGUUAUCCAUUUGACCAAAUAUUUUUACAUAAAUAUGCACUCUGUUGUUGUUGUUCUUGA